AUGUCCAAUCCAUCCCCCACCCCGGACCCAAGCAACCCCAACUACGCAGAAGCCGCCGGUCCCGCCAACGGCGAACCCACUACCAGCAUAGUCAUCACCACAGAGAUUGCGCCCACCCCCACGGCUAAGCCCCGAUACGGCGCUGCGCUUCCAAAAGCCGGUACGGAGGAUGGCACGUAUAAUCCUCCGCUCCACGCAGUGGUCACGGAUGAGGCAUUCGAUCAGGUACCCAAGGAGGACCACUAUGAAAAGAAGGAAAUCGCCGAGAUACGGGCUCUGCAGAAAAAGGCGAAUGCGAAGAAGCACCCUUGA